AGGAAAAUUGCGAGGAAAUUCAGUUCACAUCUAGAAUCCGAACUGAAUAGUCAUACCACAAGUUAUCUUCGAUAUGCCGAACCAGUCUAAAGCAAGCCCACCUGGAAUCAAGGAAACCCCUUCCUCUUCCCACCACGAGUUCCUCAUGCAGGAGCAGCCUCAGCAGCCGCGUGGCUCCAAAGUGGCGUCUACCCAGACGCAGGAUUGGCCAUUUGAUAUGGUGGAUCAGUUAACAGGAGCACAGGACUCGCCAUCGAAUAUGGUGGAUCAGUCUACCCAGACGGAUCUCUCCGAACUCUUCAAGUCCGGCCAGGACGAUACUAAAUUGCAGCUCGGGAUGCUGGGCUUGAGGAAGAGAGCCCUUCCCGAGGAGGAUCUAACUGGGAAUCCGCUUGCUAAGCGACAGAAGGUAGAGGAGGGUACCCAGUACAGGCGCAAUGGCCCUUCUUCCCAGGAAUGGUCCUCCACCCAAACUACUGAUUCAUCCUCGCGGAUCUCGCUGGCCAAUCUCUUUGAGAAUGGAUCGGUGAGCAAUGUACAGGACCAAGAAUCACAGGCCACUGGUGGGGAAGACGUAGGAAAUGGCUGAAACUGAGUUCAACUGGCUCAUCAUCCACAUCCAUCGGCGGAGUGGAUGGAAUUCCUUGUUAUCAAGCUGAAUUUAAGAGAAUAUAGAAAAAAAUUUAAAA